CCUGUCGCCCAGGCAGCUGGCCUCCGGGAGGCAGUCGCGCUUGGUCGUGAAGAGCCAGCGCUUGACUUUCUGGGUCGUGUCGUCGAGCAGUGGGCAGAAGCGAGUUAGUCAACAGACCGGCAGCAGCCGCACGGGAAUCCUGUCACCUAGGGAGCCUCUAAGGACCGGGAGCACGAGAUGAACGGGUCGGAGACCAUCCUGGUUUGACGGGCAAAAACGGAGGUCGGCGGAAGCAGAAGUGGGCUGUGGAUCCAAGAAACACUGCGUGGAGUAAUGAUGAUUCCAAGUUUGGUCAGAGGAUGCUGGAGAAGAUGGGGUGGUCUAAAGGAAAGGGUUUAGGGGCUCAGGAGCAAGGAGCCACAGAGCAUAUUAAAGUUCAAGUUAAAAAUAACCAUCUGGGACUUGGAGCUGCAGUCAGCAAUGAAGACAACUGGAUUGCUCAUCAAGAUGAUUUUAACCAGCUUCUCGCUGCUCUGAGCACCUGCCACGGGCAGGAAACAGCAGACACCUCAGACAACAAGGAAAAGAAAUGUUUUAACCUUGAGGAAAAGUCCAAAAUCUCCAAACAUCGCGUUCAUUAUAAGAAGUUCACAAAAGGGAAGGAUCUGUCAUCUCGGAGCAAAACAGAUCUUGACUGCAUUUUUGGGAAAAGACAGAGUAAGAAGACUCCUGAGGACGAUUCCAGCCCCAGCACUCCGGAUGGGGAUGACACCUCCACCAUGACGACCACCAGUGCCUUCACUAUCCAGGAGUACUUUGCCCAGCAGAUGGCCAAGCUGCAGAACAAGCCACAAGGAACAGCUUCAGGGCCUGAUAUUCCAGAGACCCCAGUGGAAUGGAAAAGGGGAAAGAAAGGAAACAAAGAGGCAACAGAUAAAAAUGUGGAGAAUUACCCCCAACCCAAGGUCAAGCGGCCUAAAAGGAAAAAGCCUGAGGAAGGAGAGGAGAACCGUGAGCCUGCGGCCGGGAAGAGGGGAGCUCCUGCUGAGCAGCAGCUCAGGGCCACCCGUGGGGACGAGAAUGCAGACACUUCUGCUGAGGUCAGUGAGGAUAGUGGGAGGCCACCAGAGGACCAGGAUUUUGCCUCAAAGCUCAAAAAAAGGAGAGAAAAGAAAAAUGUGCGAAAGCCAGUGGUGGUAGCAGUGGACACUUGGCUAGAUGAAUCACCAGUGAGAAAGAAGAAGAAAAAGAAGAAAGGUUCCAAGUGAACCCUCUCGAGCCAGGGCUCCCCACCAUUCAGCUGCCGGUCGCUGCCAGGGCAACCCCCUUGGCCCAGAGUCAGCGAGGAGUCAGCCCCGAUGGUCUGGGCACAUCUGUUAACAUGCCCAUGAUUGCUGAGUCUCGCCCUCUCACCAUGUUUCCCAAAUCAUAUUUCCAGAAGAACUGUUUUUAGUGUUUCAAAUUGUAGCUCUUAUAAACAGAUAAAUUUCUGUGUAAACUCUGAGCCCAUCACCACGAGUGUUUAUUUGUACCCAUCUGAAACAGCUGGUCAUGUGUGCCUGUGCCGUGUGCGGGGACACCUUGCUCUGCCUUUGCCCUGGGUCUCCUUCAGUAAUAGCGAGUUGCUCUCUUUCUGAAGGACUCGGUCUAAUUAAAGGAUUAAGAGGCAA